GGAAAACGCCGAUGGUUCGCUGGUUCAACUUCAAAAAAGAUAACGUUUUCACAUCACUAGGAAGUACUGAUAAAAAAUAUAUUUUUAUUUUCCUUUGACUUUGAAAUUGAGGAAGAAACAAUAUAAGAAAAAUGCCGGCCUUUCACUCGGAGAUCCAGGACUUCCAAGGAUCGGUGGGCAAUAUGGCCAUCCUGCCAUUACGCACUCAAGUCCGAGGACCAGCGCCCAACGUUGAUAUUCCCAACGAUAUCAUCGAUGAGUCACUGUACUACUGGAAGUCAAACAUUUUCUUCAGCACAUACGAAGUUAAGUCGGAAGUGGACCGGGUGCUUAUCUACAUAACGCUGUACAUAAGCGAAUGUUUGAAGCGCUUGGCGCGCUGCACGAGCAAGGAACAGGGCCGACAGGAGCUCCACAGCCUGGCCAUCUCGCGGUUCGAUCUGCCCGGCGAUCCGGGAUUCCCCCUGAACGCGAUAUACGCCAGGCCCGACGACCCCGAGACUAUGCGUCAGUAUUUCCUGCAACUGCGCCAGGAGACCGGCACGCGGCUGCUGGAAAAAGUCUUCAACACACCCGAUGACAAGCCCAGCAAGUGGUGGAUUUGCUUUGCCAAGAAGAAGUUCAUGGAGAAGAGUCUCUCGGGACCAGGAAUGUAGAAAGAUAAGCCCACUUUUGUCAAGUAUAGACUCCAUAACACAACGAAAACAUACUGCCCACCUUAAAAAAAUAAAUUAUUAAGCUCAAAAACCCAA